AUGCCUCACAUCACAGAGGUUAACGACAGCGUUGACGCGGCCGCCAUCGCUGCGUCGGCUGCGCCCGCCGCCGAGCCCGCUGCCGUCUCUGCCCCCGCCCCCGCUGCCGGCGACGCCGAGCCGCGCCGCGCUCGCCUCGCCGGACCAGAGAUCGUCCAGCUCCCACCCGACCCAGACACGGACGACGACGACGAGCCCGACUCCAAGCCCGAGGGCGAGGCGCGCGACGACGACUUCCUCGCCACGUACCCUGCCGACACGGAGGAGCUGCACCUCCAGCACUUGCGCCUGCACAACAGCUCGCUGCUGCCUCUGCGCCUGCCGCGCUUUGGCAAGAGCCUGCGCCGGCUGUGUCUGCGCCAGAACGAGCUCAGCUCGCCCCUCCCCGGCGAGGUGUUUGAGGGCCUGGACGCGCUGGACGAGCUGGACCUGUACGAUAACCGUCUGGGCCCCCGCGUCGGCGACGACGAGCUGGGCGGCGUCAAGAACGUGACCUCGCUCGACCUCUCGUUCAACAACAUCCGCCACGUUCCCUCCUUGCCGUCCCUCACUGCCGUCAAGAUCCUCUACCUCGUCCAAAACAAGAUCACAAAGGUCGAGCCCGGAGCGCUGGACUGGUGUGCCGACACGAUCACCAGUAUCGAGCUGGGCGGAAACAGGCUGCGUGCGAUUGAGGACCUCGACAAGCUCGUCCACCUCGAGGAGCUCUGGCUGGGAAAGAACAAGAUCAGGACGCUGCAGAACCUCGACACCUUCUCGUCCCUCAAGAUCCUCUCGAUUCAGAGCAACCGCAUCACCAAGAUGGAGGGCCUCGAGGGCCUGGUCAACCUCGAAGAGCUGUAUCUCAGCCACAACGGUUUGAUGAAGAUUGAGGGUUUGGAGAAGAACACCAAGCUCCGUACCCUUGACGUGGGCAACAACGAGAUUGAGGAGAUCGAGAACAUUUCGCAUCUGAAGGAUCUCGAGGAGUUCUGGGCAUCCGGCAACAAGAUCGCCAACCUCCUCCCGGCACUGGACACGCAGCUCGCCGUCCUCCCCAACCUCGAGACCGUGUACCUCGAGGGCAACCCGUGCCAGACCAACGACCGCGCCGGCUACAGGAGGAAGGUCAUGCUGGCGUUGCCGCAGGUCAAGCAGAUUGACGCGACGUUUGUCAAGACUGGAUAG